AUGGCCAAGCAGUUGGCGAUGCCGGCCGCUCGGCUCCGCUGGUACAUCAGGUACUACGAGCCGGGGGUGGUGCUACCCCGUUCCAACGGGCGGCCGGUGCGGCAACCUACCCGGCCGGAGGGUUUGGGCCGGCUGACGCUGGGCGAGUACACGCGGCGCUUCUUGCCGGCCACUUCGCCAGUGCACCAGGUCCCCCCGGGUGAAGGGUCGCCGGGGGGCGAGGCGAGCCCUGCGCCGGCCGGGCCAUCGGCGGUCAAUCGGCUGGUAUACUUCGACCCCCGGGCGCAUGGGUCCGGCCCGGGGACGCAUGUGCAGCUGCUGGCGCCGGGGCUGAGUCAGAACCUGGAAGCCGAGAUCCAGGGUCUGGCUGGACUGCGGCCCAUGCUAGCAGGGCAAGAGAUAGGUGAAUACCUCGGCAUGCCCUUGCAAGCUUUGUUGGAUGCGACGUCCUCCUUCGGAUGGCCUGAGGACCUUUGGGAUUCGCGUUCGUCAUUCCGGAA